AAGGCACACUUCGAGCUUGAAGACCACGCCUUAAAGACUCUGACAUAUCCCAUUUAAAGAGACGCUCGGCGCCCUAGGUGCGUUCGGGAUUACUGCGGCUCAUAACAAGUGCGGAACCUCUGACUAUUGGACUCACUCAUUUCCAGUAACUAGGCUCUCUGGUUCAGUUCAGUUCCAGUGCCCGCUUCUCCCUCUCUCUCUGGUAUCUUUAUUUACUUUUUCACCCAUCGGAGACAUGAAGAAAGGCCACGAAGUGCCGCCGGGUCGUUCGUGGAUGUUGCUGGUUUGAGGCAAGUGGAGCUUUUUCAUUUGGAAGUUGGGCGAGGGAGUGAUCCAGCCCCAUCGUCAGCACCCAGCCGCCAGCUGCUCUGCUUUGGUGAGUGCUACUUGUGCUUUGGAAGUUCUUGGUCUUUUCCCCUCCCUGCUUCCCCACGUUGGGAAGGUGAAGCUGCCGAGCGAGCGAUGCCCUUGAGAGACGCGUCCAGGUACAGCCGCCAGUACAGGAGUUUGACAGAGGGAGAAGAGAUAAAACUCCGCUGAAGCUCUUCCAAAAAUCCCACAACCGUCAGAAAAAAAGAGCCAGUGUCUUCUCUCGACCCUUAAUACCGCCAUUUGCACGCUCACAGCCUCAAAUCACUGAGUUGACAGUUGUGCCCUGUCUGAAGACCAGGCGCCCCAACACGCCUGCUUGCAUCUCCCUCGUACUCCGAUGUCCUCCGAAGUCAAGUCACGAUGGAGUGGCUCCGGUUCCCAGGCGAGCGGCUCGGUCCGCAGGUCAACAAUGUUGGAGAUGUCUGAGAACGCGAACAGCGCUCAGUACGAGCCCGUCCCGCUGCCUCUACAGAGGAGCAAAAGUCCCGAAAGCAGCACGGACAAUAACCCGGAGAUCCGUGCUGCCGACAGCCGGGCUGAGGUGAUCAUCAACCCGGAUAUCCCUCCUAAAGCUAUCAGCCUGCCAUCGCACAUGUCGCCAUACAACAGCCGCAAGCCUUUAUUUUCCAAGGUGAACAUCCAAGGGAGAACUUACAACUUCUUAGAACGGCCCACCGGCUGGAAAUGUUUUAUAUACCACUUCACAGUAUUUCUUAUCGUUUUGGUUUGCCUCAUCUUCAGUGUCAUGUCGACAAUUGAGCAGUACCAUUACUUUGCCAAUAGAGCUCUUGUUUGGAUGGAGAUUGUAUUAGUGGUAUUUUUUGGAACUGAAUACAUCGUCCGACUAUGGUCAGCAGGCUGUCGCAGUAAAUAUGUUGGAUUUUGGGGAAGGCUGCGCUUUGCCAGGAAACCUAUCUCGAUCAUCGAUCUCAUAGUGGUGGUGGCUUCUGUUAUAGUCCUCUGUGUGGGCUCAAAUGGACAAGUUUUUGCAACAUCAGCCAUCAGGGGCAUCCGUUUCCUGCAAAUCCUUCGAAUGCUGCAUGUUGAUCGGCAGGGAGGCACCUGGAGACUUUUGGGAUCAGUUGUCUUUAUCCAUCGACAGGAACUGAUUACUACACUUUACAUUGGGUUCCUCGGCCUGAUCUUUUCCUCCUACUUUGUAUAUCUGGCUGAAAAAGAUGCUGUGGAUGACAGUGGCUCUCAGCAGUUUGGUAGCUAUGCAGAUGCCCUGUGGUGGGGUGUGGUGACUGUUACAACAAUCGGGUAUGGGGACAAGGUCCCCCAGACUUGGAUCGGCAGAACGAUUGCUUCAUGUUUCUCUGUUUUUGCAAUUUCGUUUUUUGCACUUCCUGCUGGGAUUCUGGGUUCAGGGUUUGCUCUCAAGGUCCAACAGAAACAACGACAAAAGCAUUUUAACCGUCAGAUUCCAGCAGCUGCAUCCCUCAUUCAGACAUCAUGGAGAUGCUAUGCAGCAGAGAACUAUGAAUCUGCAACGUGGAAAAUGUAUGUGCGACAACCUGUCAAAAGUUAUGGUCCAUCUCCAAGCCCAAAGCCAAAGAAAUUAGUGGGUAAAAAAAAGAAGCUCAAAGUUGAUAAAGACAAUGGAUUGAACUCUGAGAAGUCACUGAACGUGCCUAACAUCACUUACGACCAUGUCGCUGACAAGGAUGACAGGAAAUCUGAAAACUCAAAUAUUGAUGGAUGCGAUUCAUCAGGAAAAGCAAAGAUGCUGAAAACAACUGUUCGCCAGCAUUCUUGGGCUUCCUUUACUCCAAUCUAUUCCUUCAGCUUUCCUUCUCCUCAAGUUAAGAAAUCCCUGGGGAUGCUUGAUGUGAACAGUGGAGCCUUGUCGAGAACAAACAGCUAUGCGGAUGAUCUUGACCUUAUCGAGGGAGAGCCGGUACUGGCUCCUAUCACACAUGUUUCUCAGUUGAGGGAGUCCCACAGGGUCACCAUCAAGGUGAUUCGAAGAAUGCAGUAUUUUGUAGCAAAAAAGAAAUUUCAGCAAGCCAGAAAGCCUUAUGAUGUCAGAGAUGUAAUCGAGCAGUAUUCUCAGGGUCAUCUCAAUUUGAUGGUGCGAAUCAAGGAAUUGCAAAGAAGACUAGACCAGUCCUUAGGAAAACCCUCAUUGUUCCUAACUGUCUCAGAAAAGAGCCAGGACAGGGGGAAGAACACAAUUGGAGCAAGACUUAAUAGAGUAGAAGAGAAGGUUGUUGACAUGGAUCAGAAGUUAAACACCAUCACAGAUAUGCUGCAGCGUCUGGUUGCCAACCAGCAGGGACAAUCACACCCACAGGCUCAGCCUCAGGCAGAGGGAACCAUUAUACAAGCUAUUGCAUCAACUCACAGCUCCCUACCCAGCUAUGAGCAGCUGACUGUGCAUAGGAAAGACCAAGACAAUGUGGCCUGAUCUCUGAUCCUCUACUUUUUUUAAAUUUAGUAGUGUUCAAGAGAUUGCAAGAGACCUGUUGGAUAUUGUAAGAUAGGCCUCAAGGUUGCGCACCUAACUGGCACAAACCUUGGGGGGGCUGACAAUUUACUGAAGAAGUGUAUGAAACUUGAAAGCAGCCACCAUUAGACUGUCUAUGUUUUCUCGGCUUAAGUAUCCCUUCCGAUUCCAGUUUGUGGAUCUCACCGGUUUUGCACAGAAAGAGUUCUUCAUACCACACUGCCGAGCCUCGGAAAUCUCCUGGUCACAUUUCAAACUCUCCUCUGGUCAUUCGUUUAGUGAAGACUAUGCUUGGAUAGCCUGUAAGAUAAGAAGAAAAGACCGAUAGCACACAACGUUAAGGCAAAUUGUAAUCCUUUGUAGAAUAGACAUGAGGUUUAAAUUGCAAAAAUCAAUGUGUUGUAUGAUCGAGGAAAGAAGCAUGAACAAUUGAAACUCAGUGUCAGUGUAACGUAUGCACUCCUCUCCCACCUUCUCAAUGGCAGCCUAAGAUGUAUUUAAUUGGGAAAAUGUCCCAUUUCUUUUCCAUGUCCAUUCUAAUUGCAGGUAUACCAAACAUAAGGAUGACACACAGCAAAAUCAAUGUGGGAUAAAUUGCCCAGGGUAUAAUGGGUCGGUGUCUGUCAGCUGCUUCUUAAAAUCUUUUAUCCCAGUUCAGUCCAAGUAGGCUAGUUGGCGUUUUCUUCAGGACUGGCAUGUGUGCCUUUUCUCAUAAGCUGAAGUCCUCCACACUUGAUUCACUCAGAUUGUUAUACUUAGUUUCCCUUCCCAUUUUAUUUUUGAAUGUCUUCAGGUGAGUGGACUGAUAUAACUUCAGCCACACUUCUCCUUUUAGCUGAGACAGUGGAGAUGUUCAUGGCUGUAGGCGCUUCCCCAGUCACUUUGCAGCUGACAAGUGUGUCAUGAGUAUGGGGUAGCCCAGGGCCUGUUUGGUUACCCUCACUCCCCUUUCCAAUGAUUCUCAGGCUUGGCAGUCCAACAUUUUCCAGCAAAUAAUAUUUGGCUUCUGUCCAUGAAUGAAGUGAAGCUUUGUUGUGUGUUUAAAUGAUAACUUCUUACAUGAUUUAAAGGAUUAGUGUGCUGGAUAUCUAAAUCUGAGAUUUGUGACCCUAACCAGCCAUUGGGUCCCACAAUAUCCAAAAGUCCACGAGUUUAUUCACCAAUAGCCAAUCACCGAUCUGGUGUGUGACUCUAAGCUAUAGAACCUACUUUUGCGAUGUGACAGCAACCAAUCAGUCGAUUAGUUCACUCAGGCAGCAUGGGAUCUCAAAUGGUGGGUCAAAUUCAACUUGUGGGGGAGACAUAAAACAGACGAUAAUUGAGGCUACCUGUUAUAAACCCUGUCCCUUAAGUAAAAAGAGAAAAUGCUGUAAAUGCUCAGCACGUCAGGCAUCAUCUAUGCACAGAGAAACACAGAACUCCAAAGCCUUGUCCCAUUGAGUCAGUGGAAGGGAAGAUUGAGCAGGAUGAAUAAUGGGUGACCAGUCUUGUGCUGCCCAUUUUCUGCCCCCUCACCCACUGCAGUUGAACUUAAUCCCGAUGGUGUACAGGUGAUAUGGUAUUGAGUCAGACAGUACAGGAAGAUCUAAAGUUCCAUGCCCAGUCUGCACUAAUCUUAACCAGGCAACAGCAGUUAGGUUGUGUGACAGUUUGCUUCAGAACCCCUGAGCUAGGAAGGGGGUGGGGGAAAAUCAAUCAUGAUUUCUGAUUGUUCACUAGUGGCCUCUGCUGGGAAACACACAUACGUGAAAGCUCAAUGAAAUCAGGUGCGAACUCCAUUGUAAUGCACUCCAUGGUCAAAUUGAUCCUUAAGACUGAUAGCAGAACUUGCUGCUGGAUCCAGGGUAUAACUCCAGAGGAAUGCAAUGGAAUUUUCUUUGGGAGCCACUUCUCUGGAGUCUGCUCACCCUGCCAUUUCUGUACGGUUGCCAAUCCUGCAGGAUUGGCCUGGAGUCUCCAAGAAUUGAAUAUCAAUCUCCAGGAUACUGCUGUGUGCAACCCUGGAGAAAAAUCAUAGGGAUAUUAAAGUUUUUUUUGUCAUUUCC